AUGCGAGCACCUGUAAAAGGACAGAAUUUGGCAAAAUGUGCAGCGUGCGAUUUUGUUCGGUACUGCAGUAAGGAUUGUCAGCGUCUCGCGUGGAAGGUGCAUCGACCAGAAUGUCGACGACUGAAGGCGGUUUUCCCGAAUCUCCCACUCACUGAGGUCUUAUUUCUCUCGAAGAUUAUCGAUCGGUUGAUUUUUAUAGCCGAGAAUGGCGAUAAAUUUGGAUGGGAACGUGAACGAAAGUUCUCCACGCUUGUAGAUCACAAAAGACGAAAU